GGGCCUUUUUAACCCGUUGCAGCGUAAAAUAUCUCCCUUAUUAUUACAGCGUCCACCUACAUGCGGGCUCGUUAUUGGUGGAGCGCGAUCAGAAGCGCGAGAUGGACAGCAGUCGAGAUUGAAUUUUAUGAGCGUCCUCAACAAACGUUAGUUAUAUUUUUAAUUAAUCAGUUUUACAGUCCGUGCUUUGUUUGUAGUUUGAGAGACAUGUUUGUGUGUCGAGGAGCGAGGCUGUCGGCGAAGGCUUUGGCGCAGGCUUUCAACUCCACGACAGGGGCAGCGGCACAAUUUAAAACGAACAGACUAACGGUAGUUGACGUUACCUGCACUUUGCCAUUACGUAACAUCCAUGCAUUCAAAUGCUCCCGAGCUUUUUGUGGAUAUUUUGUGGCACUUUCGCCUGAUGGAAAGCGAGAAAAAAGGGAGAAGGAUAUGUUUUCCGUCAAGAACCGGGACUCUGUUCGUUUCAUAAUCACGCAUCAGCAACAAUUAACUCGAGUAAAUUAUUUUUCUUUAAAUCUCUCCAACAAAAGUACUGGUAAAAGCUUAUUCAGCCGUACACAUAACGUCACUAGCUCAACUCUUUAUCGGACGAAUGGAGGCCAAAGCUGGCAGAAGAAACAAUACGUAGAUGCACUUGAAUCUGUGUUUACGUCUGGAGCCAAUGUCUGCAAUCAUCGAUUAUAUCCCACGAUGACUGUGCAAAUGAGACCUUUUUCCUCGGUUGCUGUUGCUCCCAAACUGGUGGAGGACUCGCCCGCAGAUCACAAAGUGGACCAGACUCCAAAGCAGGCCUCAGCCAAAGGCCCUGAGGAGCCCGAGGUACCGGAGCCUGAGAAGGACAACCCUAGCAAGACCCAGCAGCUGAAGAAGAUCUUUAAGGAGUACGGAGCUGUAGGAGUCUCCUUCCACAUAUGUAUGUCCCUCAUGUCUCUGGGCAUGUUCUACCUCGCUGUGUCCAGUGGGAUCGACGUGGCUGCUAUCCUGUACAAGAUAGGAUUCAGUGAAUCUCUGGUUCAGUCCAAGUUGGCGGCGGGUACCAGUACGUUUGUCCUGGCGUACGCCAUCCACAAGCUGUUUGCUCCUCUCCGUAUCAGCAUCACUGUGAUAUCAGUGCCUCUUCUUGUACGAUACCUCAGAAAGAGUGGCCUCUUCAAGACACCCAACUCACCUACACACUGAGUGGCUGAGACCCCAACCUCCA